UGGAACAGGAUUUCGACUUUAGAUUGUUUCAAGAACAUAAACCAAUUCAAAUAAUUAUUACCGACCUAAUUAGCAUGAAGUAUUUUCAUCUGUUCUGCUUAUUUGCUAUUUCACCAAACCUUUUAUGUGCUCUAUUGGUAGUGAAAAGCGCUGAGCCCUUAGAAACAUUUAAUGAGCUCUUCUUCAGGAAACACGGCUGGCUAGGUGCCGACGGUAUUUAUUCUUGUAAAAUAUCGGAUAACUUAUCAAUUUGGCAUUUUGCGGAUACGUUCAUAGGGGAUAGAAUCGAAAAUAAAAGGACUGAUUGGACAUUGAUUCGAAAUAGUGUUGGGAUUGAGAAUGUUCAUCAAACCUUGUCUUCGUUUAAUUUCUACUGGACAACUCAGAAUAGUCUAACCGAUUCAUUUUAUCUACCUCCGGACGGCAAAGGAUGGUUGUGGCCAAAGGCCAUGGUGUACCAUGAAAACAAGCUUCAUAUUUUCUUAACACAACUCGAGAAUUGGGGUCCAAAUCCAGCUUGGGACUAUGGUCCUAUAGCUGCAUGGACUGCGGUUGUAGAGAAUCCAACUGACACGCCGACCGAUUGGAAAAUCAGAUAUACGAGGACACCUUUCAUUGAACGUUCCCAGCAAAGGAAUAUUACAUUCGACACCUCGAUUUUGCGACAAGAUGAUUAUUUUUACAUUUAUGGUUUCAGUGAGUCUACUGAAAACGAAAAAAAUAUCCGCGACUUAAUAACGUCAAGGGUUAGGGUUAACCAAUUUCUCGAUUAUGGGUCGUAUGAGUUUUACAAUGGUACGAAUUGGGUAGUUAAUUUCACAGACGCUAGUUCAUUGUUCAAUGCUGCAGGGGAAUUUUCAGUACAUUAUGACAACCGAUUACAACAAUAUCUGGCAGUUUACUCCGAUAGUUUUCCCAGUUCGGAUAUACUAGCCAGGACUGCGACAACACCAUCAGGUCCAUGGUCAAAACCAAUAAAACUUUACUCAGUUCCAGAAAUGAUCGGUAAAUCAAACAAAUUCUGCUACUCGGGAAAAGCCCAUCCUCAAAUGAGUGGUCGAAAUCAUUUGGUGGUGAGUUACGUUUGUAAUUCAUUUGUCAUGAAUGAGGUGAUUGAUGAUGCAACGAUGUAUAUGCCGAAAUUUGUUCGAAUAAAUUAUCAACUUCUUUAAA